UCAUUAUGUCUAUCGAUACUUUCUAUUUAACUCAACUUAUUGUACAAAUUGCAAAAGGGUUUUCUUUAUUCCAAUAGGAUUAAUUGUUAGUGAUUUUCGUCUGUUGAAAUAUCGUUUCACCGCUUUUUGAGGUCAGGGGAUUAGGAUUAGAAGGCCAUAUACAAACGGAUCGUCUUGGCGCAGAGCAGCCUAUACAGCAUGGAAACAGUGCGAUUUUUUUCGACAAUCCUCGUCGAAGAAUCCAGUUUUGUUACACUAUUGCACUUCGUUUGACAGAUUUUAAAGUCAACAAAAAUGUAUAGCUCUAAGCCAAAGAACUUUUAAGAACAUUUUCAUGUGAAAAAAAUAUGACAUCCGUAUUGGAUCUUAGUAAUUGUUUACCACUACGUACCCCGAGAAGUUGGGAUAUUCUACAAAAACGACCCCAGAACAGUGAAUUCCGAAAGAACAAUAACAAGGACAAAAGAUUACUUCCGCUGUCUAUACUGGUCAAAAUCAAAGGUCCUCCGAAACUUGUGGACUCCUAUACAAAGAACAUGGGACCUACUCCACGACCAGAAACAAGAGAUUUUGCACUCACCGCGUCUUGCACUCCUGUCAACAUUACAGUUUUCUCAGACGUCAGGGCAAAUUUGAUGAGAGACAAAGAUAAAAAAGGUGCGCUAAUUCUUAGACCCGCCUUACAACAAAGUAAGCAAAUCCCUGGUAGAUAUUUCCCUAAAGCUGCUCUAACUGAAGAGCAACAGAAAUUUAUUGUUGGAAAAGAUCGCGAGAAUGACCGAGAACGCACAGAACAAACCUCAGCUACAAGUCUUGUUUCGAGCAGAGGUAGGGGGUUGUCUCGGGGUACCUCGGAUGGGCUUAGUCGCCAAUCCCGUCGAAAUUUUACGAAUUCUGUGAAUCCAAGAAUACUUCAUACAAGAAAGACUCUCUUUGAUCGGGAGGACCGACAGAACCCUUUGUUUAGUUACAGCUUCAAAAGCACUUCUGUAGCCGGCCAUUUUGUCGGGGAUUCUCUAGAGGCAGACGGUUCGAAAAAAACGUCUACAUUCGGUAGGCACGUCACGUUCCCAGAGAAGACAUUAGUGUUCCACGAAAUGUUGACUGGAACAACUAAAACCUUACAUGAACGGAAGGAGGUGCAGUCUGCCCCCUCUAGUGAUCAACUAGUCCCGGAAGCCGUUACCGAUGGUGCCAAAGAAGAGCCACUUCCUGUUUCUGCGUGAUAACUAUUUCAUGACACGUGUUAAAAUAUACGACGUAAAAUUAUACGUGUUCUGAAGUCAAAUGUUUGGGAAACUGGAUACAUUAAUGAAUGUACAUAUCUUUGAUCUCUUUGCUUGUUUCGAACUUCUACUAGAGUGAGACAAGAAAACUUUGAAAUAUGUACAGUCAAAAAUCCUAUGCAGUAUAUUUUUUAUGUACGUUUUGUAAUGUAUAUGGUUACAUCUUGUUAAGGAUUAAAUAAAAUCGCGUUGGUUCGUUCAGAUCAUUUUCGUUUUAGACCUGUAAUUAGUCUGAGGUUACUGACAUCAAACAAGGUAUGGAUUAAAUGUCAUGCGUUUCCUUCGCAGUUUAAUAUAAAUCUUUCAAAC